AUGUCGCAACCCCUCACCAUGCAGGCCAACCUCACCGGCCCAGCGAAACUUGAGGCUGUCACAAGCUUGAUGGACAAGCUCGGUGAAGACCUAAAGAAACCUAACUUGCUCCCUCGUCAACGCGAUGCUGCACUUGAAGAACUCAAGAUAUACGGACGGGACCCCACCAACGCUGAUCCAAUCUUCACACGAGAGGGUAUCGAGAUCCUCACGAAACACGCGUUCAAUAGCCCUUCAAACUCGACAGCUAGAGCUGCUCUCAGGGUUUUGGCCAACUCGAUGCUGUUGAACCCCGUGGCCCGGCAAACAUUCGUUGAUCUCGGCUAUGAAGACCUAGCCUGUAAGAAGUUGAGAAACGACAGCUUCGACGAUGAAUUCCUUGUUUCGAGAGUGCUCUUUCUUACAACGUACGGCACCAAAAUUGACUUGCUGGCACUGAUCCAGAAACACCGGCUAGCAGAAACCAUCACCGAAAGCUUGUCCAAGCAUGCCAAGUUGUUGACAAACCGUCCACCAAAAGCCCCUAUUGACCCUAUGGAGGACAUGGCGCUAAAUGAGACUUUGAAGUUGCUUUUCAACGUAUCACAUUACUGCCCUUCUGAGGUGGAUGCGUUCACGGGCUGCAUACCGCACAUCAUCGCCUUGCUUUGGAAGCAUGACGUACCUACCAACAAACCUCUCGACCCGCCGUUCAAUGCUCUCGUCAACGCUCUACUCGACCUGAAGUUGGAGGAUAAGGACAUUCAAGCGUCUGUCUACCCAAAGGCCGAACCCAAUAUGUUGGCGGAGCGGUUGAUCGAGAUCUUGGACCCCGCGUUGAAGACCUACCCCGACAACGAACUCGAGCAGCUUGCUACGCCGCUUGUUGGCGUCCUGCGCCGGGUCCAUGGUGGUGCUCCUGAAGAAGUCAAGAAGUACAUCAGGGGCACUCUUCUUCCAACUGAGCAGGAUAGGAAAGAGGUUCUUGGCCGCGGCACAUCCCUGACGUCGCGGCUGUUGCGCAACUCGACGAAUCCCCUGACCCCUCAUCUGCGUGAGGCCAUCUCGACUCUCCUCUUCGACAUGUCAGACGAGGAUGCAUCCAAGUUUGUUGAGAACGUUGGUUACGGCUUCGCGUCAGGUUUCCUCUUCCAGAAAAACAUUCCGAUCCCGGCGAAUGCAUCUGAAGCGUUCAGCAGUGGCGAAACUCAGAAGCCAGUCAACCCUAUAACUGGACAGUUUAUAGAAUCUGAAAAGCAUGUGGAUGUCCCGGAAAUGACGGAAGAUGAGAAAAUGAGAGAGGCAGAGAGGCUUUUCGUGCUGUUUGAAAGAUUGCGCAAGACGGGUGUUGUUGAUAUUCAAAACCCAGUCGAGAUGGCAGCGAGGUCCGGGCAGCUUCACGACUUUGGAGACAAACGAGUGGAGGAAGUCGAUGACUGA